AUGUUCUCAGACCUACCGUUCCACACCGGAACAGUAUAUUCGGCUGGCGUGCAGACACUGGUUGCGGACGACGAGUAUUUCAUAUCAACGUUCGCUGCCACGGCUUUCCCAGAUGAGAAUCCGAUAAUAGUUCCCAACCUGGCAGGAACAGCUGAACCAGUGUCAGGUACCGGCUUGGUUGUACCAAGCUCCUCUCUACGAGAUCAAAGUAGUUCUUUGCUGGAUACUUCAACAAGUACAAUAAUUACCAACAAUGUAUCGACUGGCAUCACAUCAAACAAGGAGCCAACGAAUACAUCAGAAGUUUCUGCAACAGAAACACCGAACGCAUCGCCAAAAGGACUUUCGGAUGGUGCUGUUGCUGGAGUUGCUAUAGCUUGCAUCGUUGCAGGUCUUGCUAUAGGCCUUGCAGCAGCGUUCAUUUUCUUUCGACGACGAGGGAAGAGCACUACAUCCUCCCCAAGCUUUGUUGCAUUGGAGUCGCGACAUACAGAAUCGAAAAAUGGACCACAAGUCAAUGUGACAUCGUCAACACACGAUGCUGAACUCGGACAGUUCCUGCUCGAUGCAACCCCUGACAAGGAAAUCCAAGCAGAAUUAUGCUCUUUGUCAGAGCUCAUCUACCAGCACGUCGAGACAUACUACCAUGAACCCCACGUCUUGGCGAGUUCAGCUGAAGUGGCUCAAUGCCUUGUCCAUAUUGGCUACUCGCCGGAGCUAUCAGGACUACAAGCAGAGGUGGUUGCCGCUGUGUGCCUCACCCCCAAGACCUCUCGAGUUGGGCUGAGACAUGUUCUCUCGCACAUCAUCUUUCAGAGCCUUGAUUUCAACUCUGGGGGUAACUUGUCUAUGCUCCCACUAGCAGUAGCGGCAAUGGCACAGAAAAAGAACACAUCUGAAAACCCAGACAGCCCAGCAAUUUCACUUGCACGCUCCAGGUGGCGAAGCCUAUCUGCUCUGCUUCUUCAUCCCAACCCUGCAGAGAGGACGCCACUUCCCCUUUCGACGGAAGAGGCUUCUCCCAAGGCGCACUCUCUGGCAAAUGAGCUGAACUCCUUCUUGCAACUCUUCGUUGCACAGGACUCUGCCAGCCGACAGGACCAAACAAACCAUCUGCAAGCCGUCAUCAUUGAGUGCACCAGAUUGGGUUAUGUGCUUCUAUCGCAGCCAGGCGACUGGAGAUUUAUUUUUAACAGCAAGGCCACCCCCUUGGAUAGAACUCGGAGGAUCGUGGCGUGUCCUGGAUUGGAGAGGCUCAGCCAUAAUGACGGAACCAGGUAUGGAUCGCCUAAGGAGGUUGCUGCAGCAGAAACAAUGCCUUUUUAA